CCGCCCCUUCCCCCUGGUUGCUAGGCUGCGUGAUGCGAUUUGUGCGCAUGUGCAGUGGCGCCUUAGCGGUGUCAUGGCGGUGGCCUAGCCCUGGCAGCGUCGCCUAGUAACGGGAACGGGAACACUUAGAAGCCAAAGCACCAACUGCGGGAGCGGAGCGACCUGCGCUAAUGCACUGGCAACCUAAGGAUGUCCUCGGCCACGCAGCACGAUAGGAGUAAAAACAAAGAAGAUACAUGGAAAUCUGAAGAGCUGAAGAGACACCUAAAGGCAUCCCAGCCGGAUGAUAGGAGGCAGAAGGAAAGACGACAUCAUAGAAAUGAGGACCGAGAAGAAAAUGUGCAAUCCAAGCAAAAGUACAAUGACAGGGAAAAGAAGGAGGAACAAGAACACCGUGGAACUAGAGAAAGUGAAAGGUAUAGGGAUAAAGACAUGGACAUCCUUCAAAACGAUCACGGAGAAAAAGACAAAGGGAGAGACUAUGACAGAGACCAUAAAAGGGAAAAGUACAAAUCCGGGGAGAGAAAGCACAGUGCUGAAGAGAUGAGAAAAUCAUAUGGUGUCUCUAAAGAUUAUGUAUCCGCUCAGUUGGAAAGGGACAAAUCUCUGCAGAAAAGAAGGGAUGUGAGAGGCGGUUCAGACAAGCACAAGCAAGAGGACUAUGAUAAAGAAAAGAGACACCGGGAAAGGAGAGAAAAAGAAGAGAAAAGGAGUGAGAGGGGAUAUGAUGAGGACAGAGAGCAGAGACACAGAAAACACAGAAAAGAAUUAGAUACAGAAGACUUAGAUCGGGAGAGAAGAAGGAGUGAACGUAAGCAUGGGGAAAGAGCUACAGAAGAUGCAGACCGAGAGAGAAGGAGGAGUGAACAAAAACAUAAGGAAAGGUCAUCUGAAGAUGUUGAUGUAGAGAGAAGAAAAAGUGAAAGGAAACAUAAGGAAGUGUCUUCAGAAGAUGUUGAUCGGGAGAGAAGAAGGAGUGAAAGGAAACAUAGGGAAAGAUCAAAGGAAGAUGCAGACCGGGAGAGAAGGAGGAGCGAACGUAAACACAGGGAAAGGUCUACAGAAGAUGAAGGUCGAGAGAGGAGUGAACAAAAGCAUAAGGAAAGGUCAUCAGAAAAUGUAGAUGAAGAGAGAAGAAAAAGUGAAAGGAAAACUAAGGAGUUAUCUUCAGAAGAUGUAGAUUGGGAAAGAAGGAGGGAGAGGAAACAUAGGGAAAAAUAUUUGGAAGAUGCAAGUGUUGAUGGGGAGAGAAGAAGAAGAGAAGGGAAACAUGGGGAAAUACCAGCAGAGAAUGUAGAUUGGACUGAACAGAAACAUUGGGAAAGGUCUCCCAGGGAAGAGAGGCAUCAAAGGAGAAGUGAGAAGCAAUCCUCUGAGACCAAAAAGCCACCAUUGCCAAAAGAAAAAAUAAUGGAUGAAAGGGAAAGAAAGCACAGAGAAAUUAAAAACAGGCAGGGACACCCAGAGGAGAGUGAAAAUGAAGGCUCUGCUGACCAAGCAUUCAGUACUGAUCAGGCAAAUGAAGAUUCCACAAAUUACGAAGAGGAUUUUGAGGAUUAUGAUGAUGAUUUUGAAAAUGAUAGUGAAAAUGAGACUGAAGAGAUGGAGGAGCCAGAGAGGAAUCCUGAAAUUGAAGCCAUCCAGAGGGCUAUGAUUUUGGAGAAUGAGAAGAUUGCUUCAUUUCCUCCUGCUCCUAAGAGGAAAGAUGGUGAUGAGAAGUCCAAACAGGAGCCAGGGGCUGCUCCUGUUAGAGAACCACACCGUGGAGUGUUCAUAGAUUUCGUGUCCGCUAAACAGCGACAAGUAAAUUGUCAGAUUGCUUCAAAACAAAAAAAACGCAGCACAGAAAUCCUUCGACUGGUCGACUUGGACUUUUCGACUACACUGUCCUUGUUGGACCUUCACCCUGUAAAAGAAUAUGAAAUGUACAUUCGAAACUUCGGAAGAACAAACACUAAACAGGCCUAUGUGCAGUGCAAUGAAGAUAAUGUUGAUCGGGAUGUACAAACAGAAGAUAUAGACUUCGAGGAAAAGUGGACACAGCAUCCAGGAGAGGGCGCUGUCGCCUCCGGAGGGCAGAAAAAUGAUGCAUCACAGAAAAUGAUGACAGUAACAAAGAUUGACUCCCAAAGAUUAACAAACUUUCUCCAGUCUGCCUGCCAGGUUAUUGCGGUUCUGCUUGAAGAGGAUCGAGCCGAGAAACAGUCUGACUGGAAUGUCCAAUCCAAAGAGCCCUGCAUGUCCAUCAGCAAUGGCUGCUUCCAGUUGAACACCAGCCUCCCAUUUCUCCAAGCCCGGCCAGUGUACCAUUUACACUUCUCCCCAACCCAAAGGCAUAUGCUGCUUACAGUACAUGGAUUAUGCAAGGACCCCGGAAUUGUUCAUCUGGACAACAGCUACAUUAUCUGCGUGUGGAACGUAUGGGAACCCUCUACCCCUCAGAAAGUCCUUGUCUGUGAUGCAGAGGUAAAGUGCUGCUGUUUUAGCCCUGGCAGAGCAGCCCUGGUGUUUGCCGGAACCAUAGAUGGGACGGUGGCAGUGUGGGAUCUGCGGGAAGACCCCGCCCUGCAUCAUACCAUGAAGAUUGCAGAUACAAGCUGGACAUUUAGAGCUGCCACCUUUUCCACUGAUGGUGUUUUUGAUCAGCAAACCCACACGUGCUCAGUAAGGGCGAUCGAACCUCUAUCCAGUGCAGCAGCUAAGGAUCAUGGGAUGUCACUGCUGUCUUCUCAGGAAGAAGUCUCCGGGUUUUCCUUCCAGAUAGCCUCCCUGGAUGAGAGCGCGCACCUUAUUCUGUGGGUGGUGGUGGAGCUUAGGAAAGUGGAUUGGGCAGGCUCCCAGAAUGAUUUAGGUUUAAUCCCCGGAGGGAAAAUAAAAUUGUCUCACAGCGCCUCCAUACGUCUCGGUAGCAAUUUUUUUUCCAAAGAUGUCUUAUCCCUGGGAGUGCCGGAGACCCUUAAUAUUAAGUUUCUACCUCAGGACUCCAAUCAUUUUUUUACUGGAACAGAUAUUGGCAUUGUAGCACGGGGCACGAGAUAUGGGUUAGCAGAACCGCCAAAGCAGUAUAAGCCUCGGCACGGCAAGCUGAGGCCGUCUAAAAUAACCGCCAUUGACUUCUCACCUUUCAGUGUGCCUGCAUUUCUGGCAGGGUGUUCUGAUGGGUGUAUAAGGCUGCAUAGCCUGCACGCGGAGUUUCCCAUCAUGCAAUGGAGCGACAGCACCAGCGGACAUUCAGUCACUGCGCUACAAUGGUCAUUAACGAGGCCUACCGUGUUCUUCGUUCUGGAUGCUGCUUGCUGCAUAUACAUUUGGGACCUGAUGCAAAAUGAUUUGCAACCUGUAGCCAAAGAUUCUGUGCAGUCCGAUCAAGUACUGUGUAUGGCCACCCUGGGUGAGCCAGAGAAGAACAGUAGCCUAACAGGACUGGCAUUGGCAAAGGCCUCUGGGAAAGUGGAUAUCCAGUAUGUUAAGAAGAUAUGGACCAAGUGCCAGACAGGGGAGAUGGAGAAGCUACAGCUCCUUCUGCAGGAGAUCUUAUAGCAAAAUGUUAUGUUCAGCCAAGCAUCAUUACUCCCUGUGCAAUUCUCUCUGUGUGUGAUUCCAACCAAUGUGAUUGGGGUAUUGUAAAUAGUUAUAUAUAUAUAUAUAUUUAUAUAUGUUUGGUGAUUCCUUAUGUUGCACUGGCACUUACUAAAUGGCAGGAGCACUGAGCUGAUGAACUCCCCGCAGCUGUAGGGGAUACCGGUCGAUGUUAGUACAAAGCAGCUGACAGUGACAGAGUAUAGGUAAGAUACUAGAAGAAAUAGAGUAUAACAAAUAUAGAAGGCUUUGAUGUGGCAGUUAGCUUGUUAUAAUGGGGUGGGGGGUUCUAUCCAAUCAGAACUCUGAUCUUAUAGGUACAUUUAAGCAGUGGGGCAGAUUCAUGACCUUCUCACGUGCACUUGUGUUUCAGUUUAUAAUUAGGGACCUUAGGGAAAUCAUUGCCCAAAAACCCCAUGGUGAUGCUAAGGGUUUAUUUAAAGCCAUCUCCUUACUGUGACACUUGUUGAACAGCUUGUGCUUCCUCCUGCGUAAGGGGCAUUAAUUGGCCAAAUCUGUUAUGUAGCCAAUUUAUUGGGUCUCAUUUAUCAAUAGUAGGCAAAUUUGCACAUGUGCAGUAACCCAUGGCAACCAGUUAUAUUGUUGCUUUCAUUGUUCUACCUACAGCUCACUGAAAAAAAAGCUAAUCACUGAUUGGUUGCUAUUGGUUACUGCCCAGGUGCAAACUUGCCUCAGUCUGGAUAAAUUUUGAUGGGCAAAGGAUUCCCAACAUCAGGCUUAGUAAUUAGCACAGUUCAAGACGAAGGGUUCAACUUAGUUGCCCAGACACACAGUAGGCCUCCUGUAUGGGUGCAAGUGGAGAAGCCCCAUGGGGCACAAAAUGGCAUCAUUUAAGACACAUCAAUAGACCACUUUCAUUGUCUUUCCCAUUGGAUUUGAGCAGCUUGCACAUUGUACAUUGGAGCAAGGUCCAAACUAUAGUCCUGAGGGCACAACCAAGUCCUGCGCUUAAUAGCGGUCCUGCGACUUGCUCAUAAGGAGAUGCCCACAUAGCGCCCCAAGCCCAAACCUUAGGGAUCCAGUCCUGCUGAGCCCAGCCUGUGCUAUGUUCAAAGUGCAGGUCUUUGGGCUUCAAACAUGGUGGUUUGUGCCCACCAUUCAAAAGGAGACCUAUUGUGUGUAAGGGAAUAUAUCCUGUGUUUAUUGUGUCAGUGUAGAACAGUUGUGGGUGUGCGUAUGUGCCGCCUCAUUGCCAGGGGCUGACCAGACUGUCCUUGUACAUAACAUAAAAACAAUGUGAUAUUGGGACACACAGACAGAGCCGCCUCUGGUUCAUAACAAGCUUAUAGGUACAUAAAAUCCUGCCACUAAUAUAGGGCAGCAAAUAAGCAAUCACCCCAAUGUCACCCUAAUUGCCCAGAAGUGGUCCGGCUGGUGUAUAUAAUUCCCUUGCAAAGGGCUGCAGGGUGUUCAGUUUCUGUAUACGGGGUCCAGUGGUAAUAACCCCUUAUUAUAGGGUCAGUAGUUGAAUUAGGCCAGAGAAUCUAUAUGUCAGGCUUUGGCUGAAUAUCAAAUCCUUCUAUAUAGUGUUAUGUAUCAGGGAGUAUUGGGUUAAAUUCCUAUAUACUGAUAGCAUAUGCUUCCAUCAGAUCUAUGGUCUCUUUAGACUUUCCCUAAAGUGGGGUCUGAGCAAAUUUGCCCUGGGCAGUAACCUGUGGCAACCAAUCAAAUGUUUGCUUUCGUUGUUUGUCCUGCAGCUGGUUGGUUGCUAUGGGUUACUGCCCAGUGUUUAUAAAUGAGCCCCAGAGAGUUCUGCAGGCGCGGGGUAGAACCCAGUCAUGUGAUACAUUGCUGUCAGUAUAUAGGGUACUUCAUUUUUCUGCCCCCAGCGCCUUGAUGUUAUGGGACUGUAUGGGUUACACACGCCGGUCACCGAUCAACCACAAAAUCCCUUAAUCUAUUUCCUAUUUUUGUAAUGUUGAUUUUUUUUAAAGGAAUUACACAAUUUAUAACAGUUUUAAGUACUAUUUUUAUAUCAUUCCAUUGGAAUCUGUACGAAAUGUCUGUAUAUAAAACUGCAUUAUUUAAGGGAAAAAAA